GUUUGUUUUUGAUCUGAUCUCAGAAGAAGUGAUUGAUUUUAAUAAUUUUGGUAAAGAUUUUGGCGAAAACUCCGGAGAUUUCGAAGACACAUACAUACAAGGUCAUAUUGAAGAUACAUCUGAUCAAAAUAUAAAUGAACUUAAUGAUGUUGAGGAUUCCCCUGGAGAUCAUGAUAGAAAAAGAAUUAGAUUUGAUCCACAACCAAUAUCAACAUUGUCAUCUCCUCCACAAUCACCAAUACCACCUUCAGAAAUAAGUUUUUCUGGAAAUGAUUUGAUUUGCUUGGAGUGCCCUAUUUACUGCAAUAAUCAAUCUAUCUAA